ACCCUCAUCAUGGACACCCCGUCGUACUCGUUCGAAUACAAGCUCGGACUCCCGGCAGAGGGCAUCGAGCGGUACUCGCGGCAUCUGCUGGUGCCGGAGGUUGGGGUGAAUGGGCAGGUGGCGCUGGCUGCGGCAAAGGUGGUGGUGGUGGGUGUGGGUGGCCUCGGCUGUCCGGCGGCGCUGUAUCUGGCAGGUGCAGGGAUCGGGACGCUGGGGCUGGUCGACUACGACGUGGUCGAAGUGAGCAACCUUCAUCGGCAGGUCUUGCACACCACCUCGCGCAUCGGCAUGAACAAGGCCGCAUCGGCCAAGGCCUAUCUCGACGAUUACAACCCGCUGAUCGAGGUCGUCGCUCACGAGCUCGCCCUCACCGCCGCCAACGCCCUCGACGUCCUCGCCGACUACGACAUCAUCCUCGACGCCUCGGACAACGUCGCCACCCGCUACCUCCUCAACGACGCCGCCAUCUUGCUCGGAAAGGUCCUCGUCUCCGGAUCUGCCCUCAAGCUGGAGGGCCAGGCCACUGUCUACGGCUGCGAUGGCGGACCGUGCUACCGUUGCCUCUACCCCAAGCCGCCGCCACCGUCGGCGGUCACCAACUGCUCCGACGGCGGCGUGCUCGGCGUCGUCCCGGGCAUCAUCGGCUCCAUCCAGGCCCUCGAGGCUGUCAAGAUCGCUGCCGGCAUCGGCCCGUCACUCUCGCAAAAGCUGCUGUUCUUUGACGCGUCGCGCAUGCUGUUCCGCGUUGCCAAGCUCCGUCCCCGCUCGCAAGACUGUGCCGUGUGCGGCGAAAGUCCAUCGGUGACUAGCCUCGUCGACUAUGUACAGUUUUGCGGCGCCGCCGCCACCGACAAGGACACGCCGGCCUCGGACGCCGCUCGUGGCCCGCGCAUCGACCAGGCCCGCAACGUCGCCGUCGCCGACUACGCCGCCGUCGUCGCCGCAGGCACCCCGCACGUUUGUCUCGACGUCCGCAUCGCCCUCCAGCACGACAUUUGCGCCCUCGAGCAUGCUCUUCACAUCCCGCUCCGCGAUCUGGCCACAUCCGAUGGCAUGGCAAAGCUCCGCACCGCCGCCCGCGCCGACUCGCCCUCGCCUCUUCCGGUCUACACUCUCUGCCGUCGCGGCAUCGCCUCCCGCCGCGCCCUGGUCCUCCUCGACGACGCAGACUUUGCCGCUCCAGUCUACAACAUCGACGGUGGACUCAAGGCCUGGAAGCGCGAUGUCGCCACGCAGGGCUUCACCUCUGCGGCCAAGGCCUUUGCUGGCCCGCCGUUCUCGGAGGCAUCGGCAGACAAGGCUGUGGUGCCGGAUGGGCCUAAGCUCCGUCAGUUUGAUGUGUAUCGGUUCAACCCGGACACCGACGAGGACGGCGCCACCGUCACCUACACCGUCGACCUCAACGACUGCGGACCGAUGGUGCUGGACGUAAUUCUCAAGAUCAAGGAUACCCAGGACUCGUCGCUGGCCUUCCGUCGCUCCUGCCGUGAGGGCAUCUGUGGCUCGUGCGCCAUGAACAUCGAUGGGAAGAACACCCUCGCCUGCCUCUGCCCCGCCGACAACGGCAAGUCGAAGAUGACCAUCCUCCCGCUGCCGCACCUGUAUGUGGUCAAGGACCUCGUCGGCGACCUCUCAGGCAUCUACGAGCAGUACGACUCGAUCGAGCCGUGGAUCCAGGGCGACAUCCCGGACUCGGCCUACCACAUCGGCCCCAACGGCGAGAAGCGCGAGCUUCUCCAGUCGCAGGCCGACCGCGCCAAGCUCGACGGCCUCUACGAGUGCAUUCUCUGCUUUUGCUGCUCCACUUCGUGCCCCUCGUACUGGUGGAACCCGGACAAGUACCUCGGCCCGUCCAUCCUUCUCCAGGCCUACCGCUGGAUCGCCGACUCGCGCGACCACGCCACCGAGAAGCGUCUCGACUUCCUCAACGACCCGUUCAAGCUCUACCGCUGCCACCAGAUCAUGAACUGCGCCGACGCCUGCCCCAAGGGCCUCAACCCGGGCGCCGCCAUCGCCAAGGCCAAGCAGCUUGUCGCCCAGCGCGCCGCCACCGCCUAAUCCCCCCCCCCCCCUACGAUCUCGAUCUAAAAUCCGAUGUCCUCCUC